AUGCUCAAGCGUCCCUCCAUGGACAUCUACGAACAGUCCCAGUUCUACGUCUUUGCCAAUCCCGUAGUGUCAUCUGAUAACACCUCGGUGCUUUACGACGGCUUCACCACAUUCGUGAACGGAACCACUAAUUCUACGUUCAUGAUGGUUGACGGCAUCGUCUACUUUGCGACGUCGACAGCGGGCGACGCUAGGACUGCACAGUGUCUGUCUACCAGCCUACUGCCGCCCAUCCACGACAUCAUCGCGGCGCUUAAUGAUGCCAUCGCCAUCUCGAGUGCGGCCUGCGGCUCCGACACCAUUACGUGUCCAAGCGGAGAUCUGUUCCAGGCCACCUUUGGCGACGCAACCUUCGUAAUUUGCGCGUCAGGGUCAGUUGGCUUUACCAUUUACGGCAGCGACCUGGACAUCAGCGUGGAGUAUCUAAACAGCCCGGUCACGAUCACUGCACCGAAACUAAGCGAUGAAGCCAUGCUGUCAUGUGAAAAAGUGGAAGCGCCAACCUCGGUUUCUUUAACGACGUUGGCACUUCUCACUGGACAACCCAUGUCCUCGUCUAGCCGCCGAAAUCUUCAAUCGCGACGUUCCACGAGGCUGCCCGCGCCGUCAUGCUCGUGCAAAUCGACCCUACGUGCAUGCAUUUUCUUUCACGGCCUGAGUUCCACCACCGAAAGGACGACUCUGCAAUCUAGCUCUGAUUACUUUUGGGACCUGUCUAAGAAUGCACCGUGUUGCUCGUCUAUCAAAUACGCCGUUCUGAAUACAGUUGCCGUUCCGUGGACGGACGCAACACUGCAGCAAAAGGUGUGCAAUUUUGCCAUCUUUGUGAGCAGCACCAGCAGCUCGUCGACGAUGAAUAUUGCGGAUACAAUCAUCGUCACACAUUCUAUGGGCGGUCUCAUGAUGGCUGGUGCGCUGGCCAACGGGCGAUGCACAUUUGCUGCAAGUACUACUUGGGUAAGCUUGAGUGCACCAAUGACUGGUAGCAUGGGCUCUGACUAUCUUCAGGACGCAUGCAGCGGAAGUAAUGUUUUCCUUCAAGGUGUGGCAAACUUAGUUGGGCAGUGUCCAGCAAGCAAUGCCGUGAAGAUGCUUGCAUACGAGAACGAGACACGAAGCACAUCGGCUCUCAACGCAGCGUAUGUGGCAGCAAGGAAUGCUUUUCAGGCUAACGUCGAUGCCGCAAUGUGCAGCAACGACUUCUCGGGUCUUUUUUCGUUGGAUCAGGCUUUGUACAAAGUAGCAGGGUCUGUCAUCCGACACAAGUCGAACCAGAACGAUGGCGUCGUUGAGUCCCAGAGCUGUGCUGGAGGAAUAGCUCUAUCCCGGUUCGGCACUACCUACACCAAUCCCUUCUAUUUGACUCGUCUCAAUCAUGCUGAUACAGCAUUUCGUCAUGGCGAUGGUUUAUUCGCGAACUCCCAGAAGCCUGUCAAAUGGUUCGAAUGCCUUCUGUAA